AUGAUGGGGCCCCAGUCAUGCUUCCUGGGUUUGGCUCAUUUAAAGGGAUAGUCCUAGUGAUUUUACAUAAUUAGAUAGAUAUGAAAUAACUAACAUAUCUUUCAGGUCUCCCUUGUAAAAGAGGUCCCUUAACCUCAAUGGGAAAUAAAAAUGUGAAUAUAUAAAAUCGCCUAACUAUCCCUUUAAGGCGGUAGCGUUGCCCCUGACCUGCACAGUCCGCUUUUGUAAUGGCCCUUUAAAGCAGCUGGAUAAGGGUUCAGCCCUUCUUGCCCCCUCUCUCUGGUCAGGUCAGGUCUGCCCUCUCAAGAUUGGCAGGCAGUGUAAGGAGGAUUUCAGCCGGUCAGUCGGCUCUAAUCAGUGCUUCAGAUUACGAUAUUUAUAGGCUGGUUCAGUUAGUCAUCGAGCAGUUGGUGUUGUUUACUUAGUGACCAGGGCCUACACUAUAUAUACGAAAGUAUGUGGACACCCCUUCAAAUUAGUGGAUUUGGCUAUUUCAGCCACACCCGUUGCUGACAGGUGUAUAAAAUCGAGCACACAGCCAUGCAAUCUCCAUAGAUGGCAGUAGAUUGGCCUUACUGAAGAGCUCAGUGACUUUCAACAUGGCAUUGUCAUAGGAUGCCACCUUUCCAACAAGUCAGUUAGUCAAAUUUCUGCCCUGCUAGAGCUGCCCCGGUCAACUGUAAGUGCUGUUAUUGUGAAGUGGAAACGUCAAGGAGCAACAACGGCUCAGCCGCAAAGUGGUAGGUCACACAAGCUCACAGAAUGUUUUCAGAGUGCUGAAGCGCAUAGCGUGUAAAAAUCGUCUGUCCUCUGUUGCAACACUUACUACCGAGUUCCAAACUGCCUCUGGAAGCAACGACCACACAAUAACUGUUCGUUGGGAGCUUCGUGAAAUGGGUUUCCAUAGCCGAGCAGCCAAGCGUCGGCUGGAUUGGUGUAAAGCUCGCCGCCAUUGGACUCUGGAGCAAUGGAAACACGUUCUCUGGAGUGAUGAAUUACGCUUCACCAUCUGGCAGUCUGAUGGACAAAUCUGGGCUUGGCGGAUGCCAGGCGAAUGCUACCUGCCCGAAUGCGUAGUGCCAACUGUAAAGUUUGGUGGAGGAGGAAUAAUGGUCUGGGGCUGUUUUUCAUGGUUCAGGCAAGGCCCCUUAGUUCCAGUGAAGGGAAAUCAUAACGCUACAGCAUACAAUGACAUUCUAGACGAUUCUGUGCUUCCAACUUUAUGGCAACAGUUUGUGGCAACAGGCCCAUUCCGGUUUAAGCAUGACAAUGCCUCCGUGCACAAAGCGAGGUCCAUACAGAAAUGGUUUGUCGAGAUCGGUGUGGAAGAACUUGACUGGCUUGCACAGAGCCCUGAGCUCAACCCCAUCGAACACCUUUGGGAUGAAUUGGAAUGACGACUGCGAGCCAGGCCUAAUCGCCCAACAUCAGUGCCUGACCUCACUAAUGCUCUUGUGGCUGAAUGGAGGCAAGUUCCCGCAGCAAUGUUCCAACAUCUAUUGGAAAGCCUUCCCAGAAGUGUGGAGGCUGUUAUAGCAGUAAAGGGGGGACCAACAUGAUUUUGGAAUGAGAUGUUCGACGAGCAGGUGUCUUCAUGCUUUUGGUCAUGUAGUGUAUAUUCUUAAAGUUUCUCAGUAGGAUCUAGGAUCCGUUUUGCCUUUUAAGAUCAUAAUGAAUAAGAUUAUAUGGACAGGGGAUGGACCUGAUUCUAGAUGGAUUUACCAUACCAUCCGAUUACCUUAUAAUCUGUUGAUACUCUGAGAGGAAACUCUCUGAACCUCUGUUACUUUACUCCGUUUCAGUGAGCUCCCAUAGUUCUUAUUAUCUACAUGUUAGGCAUCAAGGCUAAGACAAUUAGCUCAUGCUAUUGUUAGCGAGCUGGGCGCUGCCAAGAAUGCUUAAAGGGAUAGGACACAGCAUUUCCCUGUAGAUAGCCAGGGGGAGAUUACAGACAAACUCCAAACGUGUUAUUUAAAUAGGACCUCAAUUAACCCCUACAACACUGGCAGUUCACGUGAAACCAUUUCACAUUUAAAAUAAUUUGUAACUUUAAUAGGACAUUGCUCUACAUGGGUUAGAAAUAGGCCUAAUCAUUUAUUUGCCAAGCUCGACAUGAACCCAGGACCAAAUCUCUACCUCCACUUCAAGCCCCAUCUUGAAUCGUCAACAUUGAGUGACGCGUUUGCCUUGCACUGCACCAAAUCAUGAUUCAUCAACUCACCCGAAGAUUUCACAUUUUGUCACAAGCGAUUAGGCUCUUACAGUGACUGUGGCUAACACGAUGAUUUGACUUGCAACGCAAUUUGAGUCAAAUGUAACACUGAAAAUGGCCUUGCCAGGUUGAUAUGGCCUUAUGUAGGGUCCCGGGUGUCAUCCUUGUCUUCUAGCAUCACCCCCAUAUCCUGUCUUGAUACAUGUGAUUGUUUGACUCUUUAAGACGUUACUGAGUCGCCAUUCUCUUUUAUUCCUUCCGCAGGAUCACUGUCACUACCGGGGCUAUGUGGAGGAUGUGGAGGAAUCGUCUGUGGCCAUGAGUAUCUGCUCUGGGCUAAGGUAACCCUUACCGAAAAAACAGGCUUCUGGCAAAUCUUUGGCCAAUUUGCUGUAAAUUUGGGGCAAGCUCAUAUUUUUACAUGCAAAUUUGUUUUGUGGCGAACUGUUGCGGCAAAUUUGUGGCGAACUUUUGGCAAACAAUUCUGGGAAACUUGUGCCGAACAUUCUGUUUGCUGCAAAUUUGCUUCAAACUCAUUAUGAAAAUGCCAAUUAGAUCAGGUUUUUUGUUUGUUAUUAACAAUAUUGAAAUGUCCUAUCUACAUAAACCAUCACAUAACUUGAAAGGAAAUAUCCACCCAAAACCACUAAUUCCUUUAAUUUAAAGUGUUAAAUAACACUGUGAGAACAAUGUUUCUUGGGAACAAAUGUUUCAUUUUGGCGUUAUAAUAAGGUUGGUAGCAACAUGGAAAAUUAUUGUGGAAAUCUGAUGCAGCUCAAGUCGACUACAAAAUCUGCAAUGCAAUGCUCUCUCUAUGGGCUGGCUGGCUGGCUAGUUAGCUAGCUAGGUAUAGGUAGCUAGCUAGCAAGCGUAGCUACACACAAUAAUACCAAAGACAAUAUAAACAUAUAAAGUAGGUAGUUAGCGGUAAAAUCGCCUAAACAAACUGCACUAUCAAUUUAGGAGUCUACAAUCUCACCAUGUUCAACCUGCAUAAAGUGUGCUCUUCACGGAAGAAUCGGGAUUUCAACUGUACAGGUCAGAUGGCAGACAGCUUGUCUGGCGUCAUGUGGGCGAGCGGUUUGCUAAUGUCAAUGUUGUGAACAGAGUGCCCCACGGUGGCGGUGGGGUUAUGGUAUAGGGCAGGCAUAAGCUACGGAUAACCAACACAAUUGCAUUUUAUCGAUGGCAAUUUUAAUGCACAGAGAUACCGUGACGAGAUCCUGAGGCUCAUUGUCGUGCCAUUCAUCCGCCGCUGUCACCUCAUGUUUCAGCAUGAUAAUGCACGGCCCCAUGUCACAAGAAUCUGUACACAAUUCCUGGAAGCUGAAAAUGUCCCAGAUCUUCCAUGUCCUGCAUACUCACCAGACAUGUCACCCAUUGAGCAUGUUUGGAAUGCUCUGGAUCGACGUGUACGACAGCGUGUUCCAGUUCCCGCCAAUAUCCAGCAACUUUGCACAGCCAUUGAAGAGGAGUGGGACAACAUUCCACAGGCCAUAAUGAACAGCCUGAUCAACUAUAUGCGAAGGAGAUGUCGCACUGCAUGAGGCAAAUGGUGGUCACACCAGAUACUGACUGGUUUUCUGAUCCACGCCCUUACCUUUUUUUUAAGGUAUCUGUGACCAACAGAUGCAUAAUCGGUAUUAACCGGUCAUGUGAAAUCUAUAGAUUAGGGCCUAAUGAAUUUAUUUCAAUUGACUGAUUUCCUAAUAUGAGCUGAAAUUGUUGCAGUGUAGUUUGCAGCAAAUUUGCAAGAUAAUUUUUUUAUUGUAAGGGUUUUGUUAUAAAAAGUGACAACACUCUGGACUUGAGAGGUUGGGGGGGAUUUAAGCUGUCAAGAUUACCAGGAGGGUGUUCAAAGCCUGUGGUUUAGUCGCAACACCAGGUGCUCUCAAAUAUGCCUCCCCACCGGAGAGCGGGGUUCAAACCCCAUAAUGAUGAAGCAAAAACAGGUUUUUAUAAUGUUUUGCAAAUGUAUUACAAAUUAACUGAAAUAUCACAUUUACAUAAGUAUUCAGACCCUUUACUCAGUACUUUGUUGAAGCACCUUUGGCAGCGAUUACAGCAUCGAGUCUUCUUGGGUAUGACGCUACAAGCUUGGCACACCUGUAUUUGGGGAGUUUCUCCCAUUCUUCUCUGCAGAUCCUCUCAAGCUCUGUCAAGUUGGAUGGGGAGUGUCACUGCACUGUUUUUUUUAGGUCUCUCCAGAGAUGUUCGAUCGGGUUCAAGUCCGGGCUCUGGCUGGGCCACUCAAGGACAUUCAGAGAUUUGUCCCGAAGCCACUCCUGCGUUGUCUUGGCUGUGUGCUUAGGGUCGUUGUCCUGUUGGAAGGUGAACCUUCGCCCCAGUCUGAGGUCCUGAAUGCUCUGGAGCAGGUUUUCAUCAAGGAUCUCACUGUACUUUACGCCGUUCAUCUUUGCCUCAACCCUGAAUGGUCUCCCAGUCCCUGCUGCUGAAAAACAUCCCCACAGCAUGAUACUGCCACCACCAUUCUUCACUGUAGGAUGGUAACAGGUUUCCUCCAGAUGUGACGUUUGGCAUUUAGACCAAAUAGUUAAAUCUUGGUUUCAUCAGACCAGAGAAUCUUGUUUCUCAUGGUCUGAGAGUUUUUAGGUGCCUUUUGGCAAACUCCAAGUGGGCUGUCAUGUGCCUUUUACUGAGGAGUGGCUUCCAUCUGGCCACUCUACAAUAAAGGCCUGAUUGGUGGAGUACUGCAGAGAUGGUUGUCCUUCUGGAAGGUUCUCCCAUCUCCACAGAGGAACUCUGGAGCUCUGUCAGUGACCAUGGGUUCUUGGUCACCUUCUUCACCAAGGCCUUUCUCCCCUGAUUUCUCAGUUUGGCCGGGUGGCCAGCUCUAGGAAGUGGUUUGGUGGUUCCAAACAAGACAUGUUUUGGUACCCUUCCCCAGAUCUGUGCCUCAACACAAUCUUGUCUCGGAGCUCUACGGACAAUUCCUUCGACCUCAUGACUUGGUUUUUGUUCUGACAUGCACUGUCAAUUGAGGGACCUUAUGUAGACAGGCGUGUACCUUUCCAAAUCAUGUCCAAUCAAUUUAAUUUACCACAGGUGGACUCCAAUCAAGUUGUAAAAUCAUCUCAAGGAUGAUCAAUGGAAACAGGAUGCACCUGAGCUCAAUUUCAAGUCUCAUAGCAAAGGGUCUGAAUACUUAUGUAAAUAAGGUAUUUACGUUUUUUAUUUUUAAUAAAGGUGCAAAAACAACUUUCUAAAAACCUGUUUUCACUUUGUCAUUAUGGGGUAUUGUGUGUAGAUUGAGGAGUAAAAUGUUUUAUUUAAUCUAUUUUAGAAUAAGGCUGUAAUGUAACAAAAUGUGGAAUUUGUAAAUAAAACAUUUUACUCAAUCUACACACAAUAACCCAUUAUGACAAAGCGAAAAUAAGUUGUUAGAAUUUUCAGAAUUAUAAAAAAACGAAAACAUAAAUACCUUAUUUACUUAAGUAUUCAGACCCUUUGCUAUGAGACUUGAAUUUGAGCUCAGGUGCAUCCUGUUUCCAUUGAUUCUUCUAAGUAGCCACCAUUUGCCUUGUUGACAGCUUUGCACACUCUUGGCAUUCUCUCAACCAGCUUCAUGAGGUAGUCACCUGGAAUGCAUUUCAAUUAACAGCUGUGCCUUGUUAAAAGUUAAUUUGUGGACUUUCUUUCCUUAGUGUGUUUGCGCCAAUCAGUUGUGUUGUGACAAGGUGGGGGUGGUAUACAGAAGAUAGCCCUAUUUGGUAAAAACCAAGUCCAUAUAAUGGCAAGAACAGCUCAAAUAAGCAAUGAGAAACGACAGUCCAUCAUUACUUUGAAGCUGAGAAAAAUGUGUUGGUGUGUGGGAAGAGUCUGACUUUGCAUUGUGCCUAAGAACAGCCCUUAGCUGUGGUAUAUUGGCCAUAUACCACACCACCUCGGCCCUUAUUGCUUAAAUUAACUAUAGCCAUUGAAUUCUACCAUGCUGAUAUACCAAGCAUUAUAGGGAAAUAAUGGACGCUCUAGAAUGCCAUUCAAGCCAAUCAGAAACGAAUAUUCAACAAUGCCAUGGUGGAAUUAAGCAAUAAGGCCCGAGGGUGUGUGGUAAAUGGACAAUAUACCACGGCUAAGGGCUGUACUUAUGCAGGAUGCAACGCGGAGUGCCUGGAAACAGUCCUUAGCUGUGGUAUAUUGGCCAUAUACCACAAAACCCCGAGGUGCCUUAUUGCUAUUAUAAUCUGGUUACCAACGUAAUUAGAAGAGUAAAAAUAAAGGUUUUGUCAUGCCCAUGGUAUACGUUCUGAUAUACCACGUCUUUCAGCCAAUCAGCAUUCAGGGCUCGACCCACCCAGUUUAUAAUGAAUAAUAUUGACCUCUUAUGACACUGGUGUGAUCAGCUUUUUGUGUUUGAACCUCCAGAGGGGUGCUCCACAUGGACAACUCCAGCUAUGGGAUUGAGCCGCUGGUGUCUUCCUCGGACUUCCAGCACCUAGUGUACCGGCUGGAGGACGUGGUGUCGGAGCCGCUGGUGUGUGGCACGCCCCACACGGAACAACAAGCCCCAUCUGAACAGGACCACUCAGAGCAUCACUCUGACACACACAAACAGCCCGUCAGCCACCACCUCAGGGUGAGUUACCACAGGGUGUGUGCGUGCUACGUGUGCCUGUGUCUUCGUGCUGAUUUAUCUGCUUAUGGUACUGUAUGUGCUUUCUCCCCCCUUCAGAGAAAGCGGGCAGUGCUGCACCAGCCACACUAUGUAGAGCUGCUCCUGGUGGUGGAUAAUGAGAGGGUGAGUGAAUUUCCGACGGACAAACCUAGUGCAGCGACUGUGUUUUAUACAUCAUUUAAAAUCUCUUCCCCUCAACAGUACAUUUUGGCGAAGAGAUGAAGCACAUAUCUCAGGGAUUUUUCUGCAUAGAAAAUACUUUGGAUGAGCCUCUUGUGUUUAUCGGAGAAGGGGGUAGCUGCAGCUAAAUAUGGUGACAGGAGUAUGGGUGAGUGGGCGUGUGGAAAGGAGUGGUUGUGUCGAAAGCGGUUUUGACUGUGCAGAGUUUUUUUUCUUCCGUUUCUUACCACGCAAAACGGUCUUGAGUGACAACAAAUCUGUCCAAUUAGCUGAUUCGCUUUCCAUACUCCCACUCGCCCAUACUCCGGUCGCCAUAUUGGGCUGCAGCUACACAUACUUGUUUUUUCGGGCCGUCUUCGUUAAUACAGUGUACUUUUUUAUUUAUUUUUUACUUUUUUUUAUUAUUAUUUUUAUGGAAAAACGCUUUCAGUGUAAACGACUAAAAUCGGACAAAUUAUGUAGAAAAUAAAUGUACCUAUAUAUAUAUUUUCAAAUAUUUGAGAACUAUCACCAAAAUAAAAACGAGACAGGGAGAAUUGAAAAUGUUUGCGCGUAAGAACACCGCAUUAGCCAUGGCAAAAUACGAAAAUCUUUCUCUCGGCUCCAAGGCACAAUAUGUAGAAUUGCAGGCAAUUAGCUUUUAAAACUGCAACAUUUUCUCUCAGCCCCAUGGAGAAAUUUGUGAAAUGUCAGUAAAUUGGCUUAAAAAUGCGAGCAUUUCUCAACACCGCCAAGGUGUAGGCCUCAACUUUUCUUGCCAAGGGCCCGGACCGAAUUCAAUUGCAGCGACUGGCCGACCGCACCCAUUACAACGCCCAUCACCUAGUCCCUUUUUUGAUCCAGAAAAAAACCAUGAUCUUGUGAUUUCUUGAUGGCCUGUGUGAAAUCUAGCCUGGGUACCAGACCUAUUUUUGCUAUCAUUCCACUCCUUGCCACAUGCCAAAGAUAUGACAAGGAGUGGCAUGAUGGCACAAACAUGAUGCCCAGGCUAGUUGAAAUCUCCAUUGGGCUAAAUAUUUUUUUGUCCCAGUCCGUUUUAAACUUUUGGAACGAGGUCCUCAGGAAACCCUAGCCAACGCCCACCUCUGUCCUUUCCCUCUACAGUUCACCUACAUGCACAGGAAUGAGACUGCAGUGCGAGAAGAGAUGAUUCAUCUAGCUAACUACAUUGACAGUGUAAGUAUACAAAAAAGUAUGCAUACUACAAGUGCUCAAUCAGGGUCAAAUACCCUCAGACUCAGUAUGGCAUGAGUUGCAGUCAACGCUUGCAAUACCAAACAAGCCAAUUCCAAGUAUAUAAACCAAUGAUUUCUUCAUAGAUUGUGUUUAGAGUUUAGGGGCAACAUUUUUGUAUUGCAUAGAAAUUGUGCAAAACUUACCAUAAACCUCAUUUUAUAAUCUGGCAGCGUGAUUGAAACGUUUCUUUACCAAUGUACAUUAUAAAGAGGCGACUUUUAUUUUUUAAGACUCUAGUAAGUUUAAUAAAUGCUAGGAUAGUUAAAAAUUGCCUCUUUUUAAUGCAUAUUGUUGAAGAAAAGUAAAAAAAUUAGAUCACACUGCCAGAUAAAGGUUCACGGUAUUUUUUGCACGGAAAUGACGCCCUAGAUGUGUCUAUGGAUCUGUCUCAAUUUGUGACCUUCUUCCCAUUUCUCUGUAACAUCCAGAUGUAUGUGGAGCUGAACAUCCGUGUGGUGUUGGUGGGCCUGGACAUCUGGGCCAACGGGAACCCCAUCAGCAUCGAGGGCAGCGCCGGGGAGGUGCUCAGCCGCUUUGUCCAGUGGAGGGAGAAGGAGCUGGUGCCGCGGCGACGCCACGACAGCGCCCAGCUCAUCCUGUGAGUCCCUGUACAGUUUUGCAUCAUAUGAGGCAUUAUACAUCAUCGUAGUUUUUGCUCUCUUCUGAAAGUGCUUUAACUUGAAAACGUAACUACUGACGUCAACAACAAAAAAUAAAUGGAUUGUAUUAACAGUGGACUUAUGAACAAAAUACUAAAACGUCAUUUUUGAGUGAAGUUAUCCUUUAACCCCAUAGAAUACAGGGUUCAUAUUCAGCUUCUCUGAGUCAGAGUGCUGAUCUAGGACCUGUCUUGCCUUUACGAUCAUAAUGAGUAAGAUUACAUGGGCAGGGGUGAAUUGAUCCCAGGUCAGCAAUCCUACUCUGAGACACUUGAUGAACAUGGGCCCAGGAGAGGCAAAAUAGUAACGUAGCACUGGGUUUAUUAUGUCUCUCUCUCUUCAUAGUCUCUCUCUGUAUUUUUUGUCUCUCCAGGAAGAAGAACUUUGGGGGCACUGCUGGGAUGGCCUUUGUCAGCAUGGUCUGCUCGCGGAGUCACGGGGGUGGGAUCAACGCAGUAAGUUCCUCCCUUGGGACUCUGCUGAUUACUCUCCAAAAUGCAUCAUAUCGCGCAAAACACAUCAUACCAGUUAUUGCUCUGCACUGAAAGUGCUCUAUCUUGAAAACUUGACUGCUGACAUGCAACAUUUUUGGGGAUUAUAUUAACAGUGGACUAAUGAAGAAAAUACUUACAGAUCGUUUUGGAGUGUAAUAUUCCUUUAAUAUCCUCGCCUCAUACUCCGUGCAUGUCUCUGCGUAGUCGCUCCUUGUUCGAAAUAUACGAAAAAUCCUUUUAUUAUAUAGAAACUGCCGCCUUUAUACACCAAGGACGGUAACUAUAAUGAUACAUUAUACCUAACUAUAAAAGGUUCUACAGUAGCUUACACCUGUCAAUCAACUGAUCAACGAAUCCUACUGCACACUGUAGUUCUAUUAAUAAGGUGGGAACACAGACCAUUCAGAGCUUCAGGGUGUGUUCAGUGUCAUAGUGACAACUGCAAAUAAUACUUCAAUGUGUACAUGUAAUGAAACAUAAUAUAGAAACAUAUUUCAAUGUAGCAAUUCAACAACAAAUGCUGUUUAGCCUGCACCUUUUUUACGUCAUUGCUUUCCUCGUUGCUCAAGUGGUUUGCGAGUGAUCCCCGACGGUUCAUUUGGCCUAGGCCUUCAUUCAGCAAUUAACAAGAGCAAGCCUGCUCCUCUCCAUGUAAAGGCUAUUAGGCCUAGUAAAAAAACUAUAUAAAUACAUGUCCUAUAGCUUUUGUAGCGUAUAGCUUUUCCUGGAAUUUCACGAGAAAUUAGUAGGGAUGGGGAUUUGAAAUAAUUUCACUAUUCGAGUAGUAUCGUGAAUUUUGUCAGAUAUCCGGAUCUUCAUAAUACAUGUUUUUGUAAAUGUACGUUUUUAACCUGAGCAUUGCUGCGUGAGGAAGAGCCUGGUGCACUAUGACUGCAAAGGUGCCUGGUGAGAUGGGAGCGAGCAGACGGAGGCAGAGAGUGAGACGCUACUCUGCUACAGCCAAGACUAGCUAACUUUUAGCAGCCACAAUGUUAUUUAUCAUCCCAUAGAACAGUAGCCUAGGGAAUUGAGGCCACAUUUUGCGCUUUUUCUCCUUAACCCCAUUCAGAUAAAAAACAACAGCCUACCUGUUGGUUGCUUGUUGUAGUCUACUCUUUCUCAUUUCGCUAACUUUUAAUUCCGUAAUUGUAUUCUGUCUUGCAUUGCAUUUGUGAACUCUCACUACACUUGCUACACAUUGAACAACAAGCUACACACUUGAAGGCUACCGGACGGCUACCAGGCUUAGUUAUGGGGCGCCUGUCUUAAAAACUACAUUGAAAGUUAGUUUUAUUAAAUUAAUCAUUACAAAUGUCAUGGUAUAUCCUUGUAAGAAACAACGUCAUAUGGAUAUUUAAAUUUUAUCAAGAAAAGCCUUUUCAUUGAUAAAAUAGGCCUAUACAUUUUUUGGCCACAAAAAUUAAUACAAAUUCUAACGUCUUUUCGAAUAUUCAAACCUAUUAUAACCUAUUGUGUACCGGAACAGCUGGAAGAGAGAGGCUAUAGUUGUGUUAGCCAAAUUAAGAAGCUAAAUAUUAGGGCUAUAAAUAUGAACCUGUUAAAGUGCAAUACAUUUUUUUUUUUACAGAUUAGGAAAUGGCAGAUCUGUGUGUUCCUCCAGGCUGCGCUCUGCAGUCCCUAGGCUUGCAAAGCGCCACUCCACUAUUGAUUAGGCCUACGUUUUUAGACAGUAUCAUUAUUCUACCUAGGCUACAACAACACAGUGCAGUGAAUAAUGUAUUAUUGUUAUCAAGUGAGUACACAAUUAUUGUCUAGGGCUGUAAACUGCAGUGAUGUAGGAACAUUUGAGUAACCGCGCAAACACCCUGUUUUUAAUGCUUCAUGCUGAAAUAACUGCAUACAGCCUAGGCCUGAUUAUGCAACCAUUUGGAUUGGUUAUGGGUCUAUGCUCAACUGUUUACAAGGUCCAAAAAGGUACAGUACAUUAGCAGGCUACAUAUGGUGUAUUUCGAUCACACCAUCGCGCUCGCUCUCCUUUCAAACUCCCCGCCAGUUCUUUUGGCUCCUGUAUUUUACAUUCAGCAAGCAAGAGCAAGCUGGAAUCUCUCCUCAAUAGGCUAGUAGUAGUACAUAAAAUGUUUGAAAUCCGUGUACAACAAGCUAUUGUAGUCUAGCUUUUCCUGGGACUCCAAGACUAAAGAACAAUAGCUGUAGCUGAGAGACAGCGGAGAGGCCAGGUGCGUAAUGGCGCAAAGACAACCUUGAAGACAGACUAGAGAUGUGUAGCCUUAGUUAGAAGCGUAUGCAACCCAUCAUUCGUUAGCUAAAUAUUAGGCCUAAUACUGCAGUGAAUAGCCUAUACCCAAUGAAUUUACAAAGGGAAAUAUUUGUUUGACAGAUAGCCUAGGAUAGGGUACAUUGUGCACUUCCCAGGCUGCGCUACCAGUCCCUGUGGGCAUCCAGCUCGAAAACCUCUCCAAUUGAUUAAGCUUUUUAGGGACAAGAAAAUGAUCAUGACUAGGCUAUAACAAUACAAUGCAAUAAUGCCAUUUUUUAUUUUAUGUUUGUGGGUAUUUUACCCCCAUUUUUCUCCCUUAUUUCGAUCUUGUCUCAUCACUGCAACUCCCCAACAGGCUCGGGAGAGGCGAAGGUGGACUCAUGCGUCCUUAACACCUGCCAGCUUAACCCGGAAGCCAGCCGCACCAAUGUGUCGGAGGAAAUACCAUUCAACUGGUGACCGGGGUCAGCCUGCAGGCACCCGGCCCGCCACAAGGAGUCGCUAGAGCGCGAUGAACUAAUUAAAGCCCAACCGGCCAAACCCUCCCCUUGUGGCUCAGCCCGGGAAUGAACCCAGGUCUGUAGUAACGCCUCUAGCACUGCGAUGCAGUGCCUUAGACCGCUGCGCCACUCGGGAGGCCCCAAUAAUGCAGUUGUUAUAAAAAAAUGUGUGAGUAAAGAAUUCUAGUCUAGGCUGUAAACUGCAGUGAAUGUCAUUUCAAUAACCGCUAGAAAGCCAUGUGUUUUGAAUGCAUGUUUCAUUCCAAAAGAAUAAUAAUCUAGCCCAGUGGUUCCCAACCAGGGGUACCAGGACCUAGGGGGUACUUUGCCUAUCCACAGGGGGUAUUUGAGAAGACUCAUGAGACCAUAGACUUAGUUGUAAAAUGCGCUUAACACCCAAGUCAAGUUGAACUGUUCUUACAUGCCAGUAGAGUAAAGAUGGUAAUGGUGUGUGUCGCAAAUAGCACCCUUUUCCCUAUGUAGUGCACUACUUUUGACCAGAGCCCACUAUAUAGGGGGAUAGGGUGCCAUUUGGGACGUAUCAAUUGUGUGUCCACGCUGUUUAGCCUAUAGCCCUCAUUUGAUUUCUAAUGAACGUUCUAUGUCCUUCUCUGCCUUCAGUUCACCAACAACAACAUCCCGUCUUUUGCGUCUAUCGUGGCCCACGAGCUGGGCCACAACCUGGGCAUGAACCACGACGACGGGCGUAACUGCCAUUGUGGGGUCACCAGUUGUAUUAUGAACUCCACCGCCACGUGAGUUUUCCUCGACCCUCAGACUAAUUUUGCCGCUUUUCCACGGUGACCUGUCCUUACAUAAGGAGGGUCACAUAUUGCUCUGGGUGAAGUUUCCCCUAGGUACAGAUCUGGGAUCAGCUUCCCUUACCCCAAUCCUAACUUUAACCAUUAGUGGGGAAAAUGCAAAACUGACCUAGGAUCAGUGUCUAGGGUCAACUGCACUCUACACCGUCACAUAUCCUGGUACUAACCCCACCUCUUCUGUCUCUUACCCCCUCUCAGUGGCUCGCGGAACUUCAGCAGCUGCAGCGCCGACGACUUUGAGAAGAUGAUCCUGAACACGGGGGGCAGCUGCCUGCUUAACAUUCCGCAUCCGGAAGAGGCCUACAGUGCCCCCUACUGUGGCAACAAACUGGUGGACGUGGGAGAGGAGUGUGACUGUGGCUCAGACAAGGUGACCGUCAAAAAGUGAUAUGGUGCAGGGUUGGUAUCAUUUCCCUUUCAAUUAAAUCAAUUCAGGAAGUAAACUGAAAAAAUUGUAAUUUCUAUUUACUUCCUGAAUUGACUGAAUUGAAAUGGAAUAUACUCCAACCCUGAUAUGGUGGUGAUAGGCCCAUAGGCAGGGCUCUAAAGUGCUACCAUGAUUACGGAUAAUCAUGAAUGAAUUGUGAAUAAUGAUGAGUGAGAAUGUUACAGAGGCAUAAAUAUCAUACCCUCCAAAAAUCCUAACCUCCCCUGUUAUUGGUAAUGGUUAGAGGUUAGCAUGUCUUGGGGGUAUGAUCUCUAACUUUCUCAUUCAAGAUUCAUUCAUGAUUAUCCAUAAUCAUGGUAGCAUCCACUUGAAUGUAGAAGUGUUCAGAAACAUAUUUUAUUCAUGUACAAUAAAAGUUACUCCAAAAUGACACAAUACAUGAUUUACCAUUCAUUUCUAUAGGUCACGACAUAAUCGAAAACACAACCAAAACACAACCAAAAGGCGUGCUAGGAAUAUGGGACCAAAUACAAAUCUUUUGACUACUUUAAUACACAUAAGUGAAUUUGUCUAAAUACUUAUGACACCUUCAAAUGGGGGGGACUAGAUACAUAAAGUGCUUUCAUUUCUAAACGGUGAAACAGAUAUAUAUGAAAAUACCCUCAAAUAAAAAUUACUGCACGCUGUAGUUCUAUUAAUAAGGUGGGAACACAGACCAUUCAGAGCUUCAGGGUGUGUUCAGUGUCAUAGUGACAACUGCAAAUAAUACUUCAAUGUGUACAUGUAAUGAAACAUAAUAUAGAAACAUAUUUAAAUGUAGCAAUUCAACAACAAAUGCUGUUUAGCCUGCACCUUUUUUAUGUUAUUGCUUUCCUCGUUCCUCAAGUUGUUUGCAAGUGAUUUCAAUUUUUCUACUGGUUGUCAAUUCGUUUGGAUCUUUUUCGCUGUGCUCAUCUCUCUGUCUGUCCUGUGCAACCAUUUGCAAUGCAUCAGUGCAACAAUGUUAUCCCUGGCCAAAGUGAUCCCCGACAGUUCAUUUGGCCUAGGCCUUCAUUCAGCAAUUAACAAGAGCAAGCCUGCUCCUCUCCAUGUAAAGGCUAUUAGGCCUAGUAAAAAAACUAUAUAAAUACAUGUCCUAUAGCUUUUGUAGCCUAUAGCUUUUCCUGGGACUUCACGAGAACUGAGUAGGGAUGGGGAUUUGAAAUAAUUUCACUAUUCGAGUAGUAUUGUGAAUUUUUGUCAGAUAUCCGGAUCUUCAAAAUACAUGUUUUUGUAAAUGUACGUUUUUAACCUGAGCAUUGCUGCGUGAGGAAGAGCCUGGUGCACUAUUGCUGCAAAGGUGCCUGGUGAGAUGGGAGCGAGCAGACGGAGGCAGAGAGUGAGACGCUACUCUGCUACAGCCAAGACUAGCUAACUUGUAGCAGCCACAAUCUUAUUUAUCAUCCCAUAUAACAGUGCCUGUAUUGACUGGAGUAGCCUAGAUAAGCUAGCUAGCUAAGUUCUAAGCUUAAUAUAGGGAAUAGGGUGCCGUUUCAGACUACAAUAGUAUUUUUGUAUUUUUUUAGUCUGAUGGUGGCCUCCUCCACCCUGAUUUGUUCAUGAUGUUUGUUUCUCCCCCUAUAGGAAUGUGAGAAGGACCCGUGCUGUGAAGCCAAGACCUGCAAGCUCAUGGGUGGAGCACAGUGUGCCUAUGGAGUGUGCUGUAAAAAUUGUCAGGUAACUUCCAUUUAGUGUAGCACUGCUGUCUGUUAUUGAUAUUAAAAACCAAUUCAACCAUUAUAUAUUUUUUACAUGAACUACAGACUAGAAAGAAAGGAAUUUGAACAGCAGCAACAUUCACCAGAUACUUAAAUACUAUUAAGCUUUUUUCAAAUACUUUUAGCGUUUGCUUUAGCCUACCUAGUUUGCUAGAUAGUGCCUUCGAAACGUAUUCAUGCCUCUUUGACUUUUUCCACAUUUUGUUGUGUUACAGUGGGAUUAAAAUUGAUGUAAUUAUCAUUUUUUUGUCAACGAUCUACACAAAAUACUCUGUCAAAGUGGAAGAAAAUGUUUAACUUUUUUUUUUUUAUUAUGGAAAAUAUAAAAAAAUAUAGUGCUUUCUGAAAAUAUUCAGACCCCUUGACUUUUUCCACAUUUUGUUACGUUAAAGCCUUACUGUAAUUUCGAAUCUCAUAGCAAAGGGUCUGAAUACUUAUGUAAAUAAGGUAUUUCUGUUUUGUAUUUGUAAUACAUUUGCACACAAAAAAAAUAUCAAUUUUAGAAUAAGGCUAUAAUGUAACAAAAUGUGGAAAAGGGGAAGGGAUCUGAAUAUUUUCCGAAUGCACCUGUAUAUUUAUUAGGUAAGUAUUCAACCCCCUGAGUCUAUACAUGUUAGAAUCCCUUUUGGCAAUUACAGCUGAGAGUCUUUCUGGGUAAGUCUCUAAGAGCUUUGCACACCUGGAUUGUAUAAUAGUUGCCCAUUGUUCUUAAAAAAAUUAUUCAAGCUCUUUCAAGUUGGUGUUGAUCAUUGCUAGACAGCCAUUUUCAUGUCUUGCCAUUUACUUUCAAGCCGAUUUAAGUAAAAACUAACUAGGCCACUCAGGAACAUGCAGUGUUGUCUUGGUAAGCAACUCUAGUGUAUAUUUGACCUUGUGUUUUAGUUCAUUGUCAAGCUGAAAGGUGAAUGUCUCCCAGUGUCUGUUGGAAAGCAGACUGAACCAGGUUUUCCUCUAGGAUUUUGCCUGUGCUUAGCUCUAUUCUGUUUAUUUUUAUAGAAAAAAACCUCCUUAGUCCUUGACAAACAUACCCAUAACAUGAUGCAGCCACCACAAUGCGUGAAAAUAUGAAGAGUGGUACUCAGUGAUGUUGGAUUUUCCCCAAACCUAACGCUUUGUAUUCAGGACAAAAAGUUUAUUUCUUUGCUAAAUUCUUUGCAGUAUUACUUUAGUGCCUUAUUGCAAACAGCACCAUGUUUUGGAAUAUUUGUAUUCUGUACAUGCUUCCUUCUUUUCACUCUGUAAUUUAUGUUAGUAUUGUGGAGUACCUACAAUGUUGUUGAUCAAUCCUCACUUAUCUCCUAUCACAGCCAAUAAUUUCUAACUGUUUUAAAAUCACCAUUGGCCUCAUGGUGAAAUCCCUGAGCCAUUUCCUUCCUCUCCGGCAACUGAGUUAGGAAGGGCUUGGAGUGACUGGGUGUAUUGAUACACCAUACAAAGUGUAAUUAAUAACUUCACCAUGCGCAAAGGGAUAUUCAAUGUCAGGUUAAAAAAAGCAAUCUACCAAUAGGUGCCCUUCUUUGCGAACCAUUGGAAAACCUCCCUGGUCUUUGUGGUUGAAUCUGUGCUUGAAAUUCACUGCUUGACUGAGGGACCGUGUGUGAUGGGGUAGUCAUUUAAAAAUAAUGUUAAACACUAUUAUUGCACACAGAGUGAGUCCAUGCAACAUUUUUACUCCUGAACUUAUUUAGGCUUGCCAUAACAAAGGGGUUGAAUACUUAUUGACUCUAGACAUUUCAUUUCUUAAUUUUUUAUUAAUUUGUUAAUAUUUCUAAAAACAUAAUUCCACUUUGCCAUUGUGGGGUAUUAUGUGUAGAUCAGUGACACAAAAUCAAGAGGUGUGAAUAAUUUCUGAAGGCACUGUAGACAGGGUUUGCAGUUUUGCAACUAUUCAAAUUUUUCCAUUGAGCCAGGCACGCUCAGUCAAGCCCAGCUAAAGUAUUGAAGUUAUUUUGAACAGUUUGAACCCAGGUCUGAUAUUCACACAGUUCAUGUGAUGUCUUCUCUCUCUCAGUAUUUGCCAGGGGGCUCAGUGUGUAGAGGUAGCAAUGAUGAGUGCGACCUCUCGGAGUACUGCAACGGCUCAUCUGCACUGUGCCCAAGCGAUGUCUUCAAGCAGAACGGCCACCCCUGCAAAGUGGAUAAAGCCUACUGCUACAAUGGGAAGUGCCAGCACUACAAUGGACAAUGCCAGGCCAUCUUUGGCCCAAGUGAGUUCCCCUUUGCUCUGCAUAAGAGGAAUUCUGCUGCCUUCUAAAUCACAAAGUCCAGAACAAUUGCUCAUGAGUGCCCUCUGGUGGUACAAUUGUUCUCCCUGCAGUUCCUACUCUCUCCUGGUAGUACAAUAUUUACAAUAUCAAAUAAACCAGUGGACACUGUACUGUAAAUUCAUCAAUUUCCCACUUGUUGUACAGAGGCAAAGGCUGCCCCAGAGGUGUGUUUCAAAGAUGUCAACUCUAAGGGGGAUCGGUUUGGAAACUGCGGCUACCAAUCCCCUGGCUAUAAGAAGUGUGAGAGCAGGUCAGACAAAUUCCGUGACUUGCAUUCUUAUCUAUGUAUAAUCAACAGCAAAUACAGUUGUCAACAGUGUAUGUUGACGGCAUGAGGAAAAUGUGUACGUGUGUGCACCCGUCUGUCACUCUGUAUAGGAAUGCCAUGUGUGGGAAGCUGCAGUGUGAGAAUGUCCAGUCGGUCACCGUCUUUGGCAUCGAGCCCUCCAUCAUCCAGACGCCCAUCGCAGGAACCAAGUGCUGGGGCGUGGACUUCCUGCUGGGGUCGGACGUCCCAGACCCUGGCAUGGUGAACGAGGGGACCAAGUGUGGGGAGAACAAGGUAAGAGGAGCCAGUCGAACCGGUUGCAGGACCCCAAGGACCACUUUGGCAACAAGGGUUGGUUUUAGGAGCUAUCCUCUAGGGAUCCAUUGUACGUCUUACUGUAUAAUUUGUUUACCCAAAUAAAUUCCAUUAAAUUCUGUAGUCUGUCCUCUUUGUUAGAGACCAUUUCCAGGCGGUACAGUAGUAGCAAAGUCCAGAUGCAGUUAUUCGCGUCUGCGUACAGAAUUCGGUACACUGUUCUCCAUUCUCGUAGCAGCGUUUCGCUGUGCGUCUUCUCACUUUCUCGCUCCACAGGUCUGUUUGAAUUACGACUGUCGGAGCGCCGACGUGCUCAACUACGACUGUGACAUCCAGAAGAAAUGCCACGGUCACGGUGUAGGUCAUUCACUACUUCUAAAUAAUCGUCUCCGGGGCAGUGUCCUACUGGUGUUUGUCUGGGCUUUGUCUAAUGCGCUUGCCUCUGUCACCUUUUCCGCUUUUAGGUGUGUAACAGCAACAGGAACUGCCACUGUGAGAACGGCUGGGCGCCGCCCAACUGCGAAGCCAAAGGUUACGGAGGCAGCAUGGACAGCGGCCCUACGUGGAACGGUGAGUGACCAGCACAAACGCCCUCUCAGAGCAGACUCCAUGGGCGCAUCUGAAUCAUAGUCUAAAAAAUAAUAUUCUUCUCCUAAACUACCUGCUAUGAUCUGAAUACAUCUGUGUGUUUUGGAUACCGAAUGGGUGAAAGCAAUAUGGCCUAGUAAUUUAAUAAUUUAAUCUUACCUGUCCAGAAUAAAAAUAGAUUUUAUAUAUUUUUUCUAAGGGGACAAUAAGAAGCUACUUGAAGGCAGUUGAGAUGCAACACCUCGUGUCAGUCUGUCUGUGUUAUUUCCCAGGAUACAUUAAAGUACAGUGUUAGACAGGUUGAGUGGGACUGUUGGUCCCAUCCCCUGACUGUUGGUCCCACCCCCUGACUGUUGGUCCCUCCCCCUGACUGUUGGUCCCUCCCCCUGACUGUUGGUCCCUACCCCUGACUGUUGGUCCCUACCCCUGACUGUUGGUUCCUACCCCUGACUGUUGGUUCCUACCCCCUACAGACAAGGACACCUCCACCAGGGAUGGGCUGCUGGUCUUCUUCUUUCUGGUACUGCCUCUGAUGGCGCUGGGCCUCUUCGUCUUCUUCAGGAGGAAUGAGCUGCAGAGGCGCUUCUGCAGGAGGAAAAGAUCCCAGGGCUACGAGUGAGUCCACUUUAUCAACUUCUCUUAGUCUGCGUCCCAAAUGUUAUUCUAUUCUAUACACCAAAUUCCUUUGCCAUAUAGACCAUAUUUGUUUCAUGAUUGCCCUUGACUUACUUUAAAGACACAAUAUGUAGAAUUUAGCUCAGCCGAUUACUGGUUUCUAAAAUUCUGAAGGUUCUGCCUGAUUCCAGCUUAUGUGACACAACAAGCAAGUGUAGAGAAUCAUUGUACAAUCUAAACCACUGUGAAAUAUCUGUUCAAUAACAAAAAAUAUGUUUUCAGCAGGUUUGAAGCUGAUGUACAAAGAAACAAAAACGAAACUUAUGGAGAGGAAGCAUACAAAUAUUACACAUAGAACAGAUCUACCGCUUGUCAGACUUGAUGUCACUAUCCACGUUUCCAUCCACAAUUUCUAUGCGAGUAAUGUCAUAUCGUUAAAGAAAAUAAUUAUGACAGCUGUGAUGGAAACAGGAAGUUUCGGUAUAAUUUUAUAAAUGCCGACAGAUGAUUUGUUCCUUCGACAUUACAUUUACAUUUUAGUCAUUUAGCAGACGCUCUUAACCAGAGCGACUUACAGGAGCAAUUAGGGUUAAGUGCCUUGCUCAAGGGCACAUUAACGUCAUUUAGCAGACGCUCUUAGCCAGAGCGACUCACAAAUUGGUGCGUUCACCCUAUAGCCAGUGGGAUAACCACUUUACAAUUUGGGGGGGGGGGGGGGGGGGGGUUAGAAGGAAUACUUUAGCCUAUCCCAGGUAUUCCUUAAAGAGGUGGGGUUUCAAAUGUCUCCGGAAGGUGGUGAGUGACUCCGCUGUCCUGGCGUCGUGAGGGAGCUUGUUCCACCAUUGGGGUGCCAGAGCAGCGAACAGUUUUGACUGGGCUGAGGGGGAGCUGUGCUUCCGCAGAGGAAGGGGAGCCAGCAGGCCAGAGGUGGAUGAACGCAAUGUCCUCGUUGGUGGCACGGUGAUGAGUUUAAUGCCGCUUUACAAAAAAUAUCGAUGGUCUUAUACUGGUGACAUGAUGAUCGAUGCUUGACUGCCGUUUGACAAAUAAAAAUAUUCUUGCUCUUAUCCAUAAUAAUCUCAUCAUGUAGACUAGCUUACCCGUACUGUAUCUGCGAGCUGUUGAUUAGAGCGCAGGUGCCAAGACCAGAGUAGGCACAUUUGCUAUUUAACGCAACAGUUUUUGUAACAAAACUAUCGGUAGAGUUGAAAAUGCGAUGGAAACACAUUGAACUUUAGAUUUUAAGCGAAAAAUACAUUUUGUGUGAACUACGUCAUCACGCACUGAUUUUUAUCCGCAACAAGUCUAUUUGGUGGAAACAUACCACUGGUGGGAAAAUGCACAUGUUUUCUUUAUGCGGAUUCUAGAAUAUUCACAUGGAAAUCUGUUGCCAAUUGGAUGGAAACCUAGCUACUGACAACGACAGAUCUAUAACUUGCAUUUCUAUCUGAAAUGAACACAAAACUACAUAAUAGGAAAUGCUUGUUUGUUUUUUACCUCUUGUGCACAGGGCUGACAGCAGACCUCAGGCCAACACUAGCCGAGGCCCUCCUCCGAGAGUCAACCCCAACACCAUUGUCAAAGACGGA